AUGGCCCAGAUUAGGAACAUCGUAGGAGCUCUGUUCAUAGUGACCCUCAUCCUGGGGGCCCCAUUGGUGCUAGCAGGAGAAAUUGCUGACAAGGUCAGCACGACAGUAGCCAAGGCGGCUGACUGCAACAAGCAAUGCGAGGGUAAAGGGACGCCUACCGACAUCGACCAUUGCAAGGAGAAGUGUAGCCUCACCGAGCACUUCAGAUAUGCGACCAUCGGGGCGGGUGCCUGCCGUCAGAAGUGCGACGAGCUGAAGAAUGACCAAUCCUCCUUCAACUUGUGUGAAGAGAAAUGCCGUGAGAAGUAUGAGAGUAGGGUGUCACAGAUCAAACAGGGUCAGAAUCUUUAG